AACCUCCCGUCUCUUACGCCAUCACAAGCCAACGCACCGAAGUAACCACCGCUCUCUCAACCCACACCAUGACCCGCCGUAAGCCCACCCCUCGAGCUCCAAUGUCCUCUCCGCGCUCCCUCCACCAUUCCCAAUGGCAUCCACUCCGACGAGCCAGAAGCCCAUCCUCAUCGCCGGCGGCGGCCUCGCCUCCCUCCUCCUCGGGCGCUCCCUCCUCCGCUCCAACCUCCCCUUCCUGAUCUUCGAGCGCGACGCCUCGCUUGUCUUCCGCGCCCAGGGCUACCGCCUGCGCCUCUCGACCGAGGGCCUCGCCGCCAUUGAAGCCGUCCUGGGCCCCGACGCCUUCCGGCGCUUCUACGACACGUGCGGCAAGACGGGCGGCGCGGGCUUUGCGGCCAUCGACCCGCUGACGGGCGAAACGCUGGGCAUCCAGCACCAGAGCGUGGCGAAGGAGGUGCUGACGAGUCGCGAGGGCAAGAUCGUCGGCAUCGCGCGGGGCGAAAUGCGGAGGCUGUUUAUGGAGGGCUGCGAGGACUGCAUCCGCUGGAGCCACCACGUCACCAGCUACGAGCUGACCGGCGACGGCGUGCGCGCCGUCUUCGCAGACGGCUCGAAGUCAGUCGAAGGAUCCAUGCUGGUCGGCGGCGAGGGCCUGCGGUCUGAAGUCGCCGCGCAGCUCUCCGGCGGCCGCAUCAAAGUGUUCGAUCUAGGGGCCCGCGGCAUCCACGGGCAGGCGCCGACGACGGCCUUCGCGGGCCUGGGCGAGGGCGUGUUCCGCCUCGCAGACCGCACGUCGCAGCCCGGCGGCGUGCUGACGCUGAUGACGAAUGUGCGACCCGGCGAGAUGCACGAUCCCAACGUCACGUUUGGCUGGACGAUGGGCGGGUCGCCGGGCGUCAUCAAGCCGCCGAACGACAACUACACCAUCAUUGGGAAACCCGCGGCCGACAUGGCGAAGGCGCUGACCGCGGCGUGGCAUCCGCGCGUCAAGCCGCUCAUCGACAAUAUGCUCGAGUCGGAGGCGGCGUUCUGGAAAAUCACCUGCUCGUCGCCCGACGGCGUGCCGGAGUGGCCUAACGAGCCGCGUGUCACUGUCCUCGGCGACGCUGUGCAUGCCAUGACGCCCGCGGGCGGCAUGGGCGCGAAUACCGCCGUGCGCGACGCGGAGCUCUUGGGGAGACUGCUCGCCGAGGCCGGCGGCUACAAGGAGGGCGUCACCGACGCGUACGAGAAGGAGAUGAGGGUGUAUGCGAGCGAGGCCGUGAGAAGCAGUUAUGGGCAUGCGGAGUCGAGCAUGGGCGUCAAGAUCGAUGCCUCUACACCUACGCUUGCUUAGACUUUCGAGAUACUUGCUUGAUAUAUUUCUGCCGGAACGCGAUUUCUAUGCCAUGCUUUCCAUCUUUACAAGCAGCAAAGCCGCCCUUCUUAGCGCCGAUACCUGACAUGCGAACGACCUAGAUUAUGUGGUCUGCAGUCAGUCGGUCAGUUACUAUCCUUCCCUUUCCCACGUAUGUAGCACAUACCCGCACCGCUCUCAGCAAUCCUCCCAAACCCUUAACCCCCCAAACCC